UUAGGCAGAUUUAUCUUUAGAAUUUAGAGAUAAAACAAAAAUUGUUAAACCAACAAAUGGAUCCACAAAACAAAACCAUGAGCUCUGAAGUCAAUCUCACCAGUCACCAUGACUCACUUACUACGUGUAUCUGUCUUUUUUACAUAUAUUUUGAAAGUUUCAUCCUUUAUCCCGAUGGAUGCGAAUAAUACAAAUAACCUAACAAAACUCGAAUCAGAGAAUUCCAGAUAUUACUUACAUAAGACAAUUUUAGCAAUUAGCUUUCAAAUCUCAUCUCUUUAUUCUCUCUCUCUAUCUCUUCUCCUCAAGAACCCUAAAAAUCUCCAGAAAAAAGAUCCCAAAUUUCGUAUUUCAACGAUCUGAAUCUCUCUCUCUUUCGGGUUUAUUUUGUUUCCCGAUAUGGUUUAGAAUUUGUGAUUUAAAUGGAAGCUGACGUGUCAAUUUCCUGAAAAAACCCUUAUCGCGAAAUUUUCCAGAUUACCAAAAAAAAAAAGAUUGAAACUUUUUUCGAUUUGUUUGAAGAAGAAGCACGGUAGGAACGACGACGAUGAAUCGUGCUUUGGUCCUACUUUUAUAUGUUUGUACUGUUUCUUGUUUAGCUUCAAGCAAAGUUAUUUUGAUGAGGAAUAACAUCACUCUCUCUUUUGAUGACAUCGAAGCUAACUUCGCUCCGUCAGUGAAGGGUACAGGUGAAAUUGGAGUGGUUUAUGUGGCUGAGCCUCUUGACGCUUGUCAAAAUCUUAUGAAUAAACCAGAACAGAGCUCCAAUGAAACUUCUCCUUUUGUGUUGAUUGUUAGAGGAGGCUGUAGUUUUGAAGAGAAAGUUAGAAAAGCUCAGAGAGCUGGUUUCAAAGCUGCUAUUAUCUAUGACAAUGAAGACCGUGGAACAUUGAUAGCAAUGGCAGGUAACUCUGGAGGUAUAAGGAUUCAUGCGGUCUUUGUUACGAAAGAAACGGGAGAAGUUUUAAAGGAGUAUGCGGGUUUCCCCGAUACGAAAGUUUGGUUGAUCCCAAGUUUUGAGAACUCGGCGUGGUCUAUUAUGGCGGUUUCGUUUAUCUCGCUGCUUGCAAUGUCGGCUGUUCUCGCUACUUGUUUCUUUGUGCGUAGGCAUCGAAUAAGAAGGCGGACAUCUCGGUCCUCUCGAGUGCGUGAGUUUCACGGUAUGAGCCGCCGCUUGGUGAAAGCAAUGCCGAGUCUUAUAUUCAGUUCGUUUCAUGAAGAUAACACUACUGCAUUCACUUGUGCUAUUUGCCUUGAAGACUACACUGUUGGAGACAAGCUCAGGCUCUUACCUUGCUGUCACAAGUUUCAUGCUGCGUGUGUUGACUCAUGGUUAACCUCUUGGAGAACUUUCUGUCCGGUGUGCAAACGAGAUGCAAGAACGAGCACGGGAGAGCCUCCAGCUUCAGAGAGCACGCCAUUGCUCUCAUCUGCUGCAUCGUCUUUCACUUCUUCCUCUCUGCACUCUUCAGUCAGAUCAUCUGCACUAUUGAUUGGUCCUUCCUUGGGCUCAUUACCAACUUCAAUCUCUUUCUCUCCCGCAUACGCAAGCUCAUCCUAUAUUAGACAAUCAUUCCAGUCUUCCUCUAACCGUCGAUCACCUCCAAUAAGCGUAAGUCGAAGCUCAGUGGAUCUCAGACAACAAGCAGCUUCUCCAUCUCCAUCACCAUCACAGAGAUCAUACAUUUCCCAUAUGGCUUCUCCACAGUCACUAGGUUACCCAACUAUCUCCCCUUUCAACACGAGGUACAUGUCACCGUAUAGACCUAGCCCGAGCAAUGCAUCACCUGCAAUGGCUGGAUCAUCGAAUUAUCCGUUGAAUCCACUGCGUUACAGUGAAUCAGCUGGAACUUUCUCUCCAUACGCCUCUGCAAACUCGCUUCCAGACUGUUAGAAAGUCUACAGAACCAACCACUCUUGGUUCAGGUCAUAUAAGAUUAUUUCUUUUGCAUUUGAGUUUUACUACGAAACGUACUUCUGGCGUUUGUGUGUGGUGUGUGUGUGUGUAACGAUGCUUUUAUAGUCUUUUGGUUGAGAUGAAACAUCAUCGGAUUUAGGUUAGAGAGAUUUUAACACUUCGACAAUUACACAAACUCGGUUCCUUUGUACAAAGAAAUAUGAGCUUAUGUAUAUACACGUCUCUUUCCUUGUUAUUACUAUCUGAUCACUCUUAUCUCUAUCCGUUUGCAUUGAUACGAUCCUAUCUAGUAAAUAG